ACUCCUGGCCUCAAAUGAUCUUCCCUAAAGUGCUGGGAUUUCAAGCGAGAGCCACUGCUCCCAGCAAACGUUUCCACUUUAGGUAUAUAAUAAGCAUCUCAAGUGUUUCCAUAAUUGUUCCAUCCAAACCUGCUCCUCAAACAUGGAAACUGCAUACUUCCAGUUGCUCAAGCCAAAAACCUUAGAGUCAUCUUAGAUUCUUUUUUUUUUCUUUUAUACCUAAAAUCAGUAUAUCCUGUCAGUUCUACCUUUAGAGUAUAUCUCGAAUCUGAUCAGUUCUCAUCACCCCCCCCACCACUACCCUAAUGAGACAUCCUCACUCCUUGUCUGGCUUACUGCAGUAACCUUCUCACUGGUCACCCUUCUUCCCUCCCAUGUCCCCUGUAGUACAUUUUUCAUGAGUGACUCUUUUAAAUGUCAAUCAGAUUAUUCCAUUCUUUGCCUUGAAAAGUUUCCAUGGCUUCUUGUCUUCCUCAGGAAUAAAAAACAAAGUUCUUAGGGUGGCUUACAAGCCCCAAGGGUCUGGCUUCUAGCUCUCUCUCUGACCCUCCUCCUCUUACACAUUCCAUUCUAGCUGCUCUUGUCCCCUUCCUCUUGUUGAUCAAGGAAAGCCUGCACCUGCUUUGAGGCCUUUACAGUUGCUUGUCAGAUAUCUGCGCUGCUCACUCACUCCAUGCAGGCUGUGUUACAUGUCACCUUCUCAGUGAAAAGCCUUCUCAGACCACCCUCCGUUCCCCCAAAGCUCCCUAUCCCCUUACUCUUUGUUUUUCUCCAUAGAACUUUUGCCACCUGACAUGCAAAUAAGAAUAUCCGUAUCAGUAUAUCAGUAUUUGUUGACUGUCUCUUCCCAUUAGAAUUGAGAUCCCCUGGGACAGGAACUUGAUUUAUUUUCCCUUAUGGCUGGAACAGUGCCAGUUGAGGGAGGAGCCCAGUAAAUACAAAAGAAUUCCUGACUUCUCUCUGCCUCCAUAUCUAUCAGAUGCCAGAGCAUAUUGAUUUGAACUCUUUGAAUUCAUUCCCUUCCUCCUCAUUUCCACUGCCACUGUUGUGGGUCAGGCCCUUUUUGUUUGCAUGAAAAAGUACAAGCACUCUCAGUCUUCCUAACUCCAAUUUUACUCCUCUCCAAAAUAAUCUGACCAUAUUCGUCCUAUCACUUCUCUCUUUAAAUUCUUCAGUUGCCUUCCAUUUUCUUAGUGGGUAAAAACCUAACUUUUAAAUAUUCAGCCAGUGUUUUUUGGUCACCUACAUCCUCCAGACACUGUGGCAAGUGCUAGUUACAGUGAUGAGAGAACUGUUGGUCCUUAUUCUCAUAGGUAUUCAUCUUCCAACCCCUGCUGUCAUCUCCAGCAUUAUCUGCCUCUAGAUUCUAGAGCUAAUUAAAUUUAAAUUUAGAUUAAUUAAAAUUAAAUAAAAUAAAAACUUCAGUUUCUCAGCCGUACUAGUCACAUUUCAAAUGCUCAAUAGCCACAUAUGGCUAUGAUAGUGAUCGCACGGAUGUGAAGAUUUCUGUCAUCACAGAAAAUUCUGUUGGACAGCACUGGUCUAGACCUGCCCCCGGACUACACAAGUCAUUCUGAAUUAUUCUCUGCCCCCUAGACAUACCAUAUACUUUUGUUUUUGCCACUGCACUGUACUCUGGUCACAAUGGUCUCUGUCCCUUUUAUGCCUGUUAAACUUCUCUGACUUUUUAGAACCCAGUUCUAUGUUUUUCAGGAAAUUUUUCUUGACACCAUCCCCUGUUGAUUAAAUUAAUCUUCCUUCUGACCACCACCCCCCCACCAUGGGAAGUUUUUUGCACCCAGCCUUAAGACCCUCCUUUAAAUCCUGAAUUCUUACUACCUUGGGAUGCAGGCCAUUCACAGGACUCUAGACUCUGCAACUCAAGGCCUUCAUAGUCACUGAGGAAGUGAUGUUCUGCAGGAAAGCAGUUGGGAGUACUGAGCCAGGAAGCCUCUAGAAAUUGAGUUCCUGCUGAGGUCAAUAUUCUGAAUGUGCAGGUUUGUCCUGCACAGAUGUUGUUUGCUCCUAGCCUGAUGGUGCUGUCCUCAUCCUUAGGGGUAAAGUAGGACUCUGCAUUUGUCCAAGAGAAGAAUCCAGAGAAAUCAGAGCAGGUCAGAUAGUUCUAAAAGCCAUGGCCCAGGGAUUGGUGACAUUCAGGGAUGUGGCUGUAGAGUUCUCUCAGGAAGAAUGGAAGUGCCUGGAGCCUGCUCAGAGGGACUUGUACAGGGAAGUGACUUUGGAGAACUUCAGUAACUUGGUCUCCGUAGGACUUUCCAUUUCUAAGCCUGAUGUCAUCUCCUUAUUGGAGCAAGGGAAGGAGCCCUGGAUGAUUGCAAAUGAUAUGACAGAACCAUGGUGCCCAGACUUGGAGUCCAGGUGUCAGACAUUUCUACAGAAAGAUAUUUUUGAAAUAGAGUCAAUCAAUUGGGAGAUAAUGGAAAGCCUUAAAUGCUGUGAUCUUGAGGGCUCUGGCUUUAGAGAUGGCUGGGACUACAGAGGCCAGUUUGAAAGACAAGUAAAUCAGGAGUGCUAUUUCAGGCAAGUGAAAAUCACCUACGAAAACAUGCCCACGUUCGAGCAUCACGCAUCCCACAGCCUACGUCAGAACAGUGAGACUGGUGAGAAACUGAUUGAAUGUAAUGAAUGUGGGAAAGCCUUUAGCCGGGGCUCACACCUUAUUCAGCAUCAGAAGACUCACACUGGUGAGAAACCCUUUGAAUGUAAGGAAUGUGGAAAGGCCUUUAGUCGUGCCUCGCACCUUAUUCAGCAUCAGAGAAUUCAUACAGGCGAGAAACCCUAUGACUGUAAGGAAUGUGGGAAGGCCUUUGGUCGUACUUCAGAACUUAUUUUACAUCAGAGACUGCAUACUGGUGUCAAACCCUACGAAUGUAAAGAAUGUGGAAAGACCUUUAGGCAGCAUUCACAGCUAAUUCUGCAUCAAAGAACUCAUACAGGGGAGAAACCCUACGUAUGCAAAGACUGCGGGAAGGCUUUUAUUCGUGGCUCGCAACUUACUGUUCAUCGGAGAAUUCAUACAGGUGCUAGACCCUAUCAGUGUAAAGAAUGCGGGAAGGCCUUUAGACAGCAUUCCCAGCUCACUGUACAUCAGCGAAUUCACACUGGGGAGAAACCCUACGAAUGUAAGGAGUGUGGAAAGGGCUUUAUUCAUAGCUCAGAAGUUACUCGACAUCGAAGAAUUCAUUCUGGGGAGAAACCCUAUGAAUGCAAAGAGUGUGGGAAGGCCUUCAGGCAGCAUGCACAGCUGACUCGACACCAGAGGGUUCACACUGGUGACAGACCCUAUGAAUGUAAGGACUGCGGGAAGGCAUUCAGUCGUAGUUCAUACCUUAUUCAACAUCAAAGAAUCCAUACAGGUGACAAACCCUAUGAAUGUAAGGAAUGUGGAAAAGCCUUUAUUCGAGUUUCACAACUGACUCAUCACCAGCGAAUUCAUACUUGUGAGAAACCCUAUGAAUGCAGGGAAUGUGGAAUGGCCUUUAUUCGUAGUUCACAACUUACUGAACAUCAGAGGAUCCAUCCUGGUAUCAAACCUUACGAAUGUAGAGAAUGUGGGCAGGCCUUUAUUCUUGGCUCACAGCUCAUCGAACACUAUAGAAUUCAUACUGGUUAGAAAGCCUCGAACGUUAGGAAUGUAUUAAUAGAAAAGCCUUUAUGUGGAAUUCAAACCUGGCUCAAUACUAGAAAAUCUUUAAUGUAAUGUAAUUAAUGUCAGAAAACCUUCACUUGUCACUUCAGUUAUGGAAGAGCAGAGAACUCAUACCAAAAGAAAAUUCAACAAAUGUGGGAAUUUCUUUUUGCCU